AUGUAUUUCAACGAAAGUGCUUGUGAUUUCCAGCUGGUGCAAGACUCCGGCGGAACAACCCUCAAAGCAAUUUGCAACAAUGAGGAGGGGGCUGGAGUCUCAUCAGACAUCCUCCUGGACGAAUAUAUUGGCAACCUCGACGGUUCCUUCCAAUGGGGUGGAGUUAAUUUCAGCAAGGAUGCGCGGAAUACCAGGCUUACAACUGAGGGCCCAAAUCACCAAGUAAUCCUGCAUUCAGAGCUCAAGAAUCUAUCUGGGGACUAUGUUGGGGACCAUCUUGAUCUGUCUCCCUAUAUCACAAAUACAAACGGCACGCUGCACUUCGCCCAUGAAGACCCGUGA